UAGUUAAUUACCCAGCAAGACUUGCACACAUGAAGAAAAGAUGGCGCUGCGGAAGAAGCUUGAAUUUAAUUGUGUCGGUUUAGUUUUGCAAAUAACAACGAAGCCCUUCAUGAGGGUGGAAUUAGCCGCUAUUUAAUUUAAGACUUUUAAAAUCAUGAUAUAAAUAGCAAUCUCAGAGAUGGAACCGAAUGAAAACAAUUCCUUCCAGGAGGUUGUAGGUGACUCGAGCUCGAGUGUAAACGGUACUCUAAAGAGGCCGUCGAAAUCUCGUUCUCGGGUUUGGGAAAAGGUUGUUUGGUUUACUAGAAAAGCAAAAGGAGGGAAAGACAGCAAAAGUGCUGGAGCAAGCGCUGCUGAGCUGUUGAAGAGCAGCACAAACAGUAAUUUGGACUUAGUUCGUGAUCCGAGAGAACUCGAAGUUGAAAAGACUUCCAGCAAGCAUAAAAUACGGAAGAACCGAAGCAUCAAAUAUCUGAAACGACGCAAAGAAAGACAAUUUGGCGACGAUCUGAGCCCAGAAGUUGUCGAAAAAAAAGUCACUGUACAGGAGUGCGGAACAGCGACGGGGACCUUCCAUGAUUUUAACUGUGAGAGGCGAAUGUCCCGAUUACAUAGAACUUCAAGCAACAACAGCUUGCUCAAUGAAAUAGCUAAGGAAAUGAACCGAUCACCGCUGAAAGCCAAAGAGAACGUGAAAAGCGUCUUAUCUCUCCCAUUACACGACUUGUCAUUAAAUGAAGGAAGAAUUCCUGAUAAUAUCACUGCUCCAACAUUUCCUCCAGUUCGACGCAGUGUAAGCUUUUCCGGACCAGCUUAUAACAGCUGGCCUCGAAAGAAAAGAUCACAUCUUGAAAACUCCUCAAACGCUCAUCUGCUUUCACCACCUUUGAAGCAAAAACGUGUCACUAGUAUAAAAAAACGAGCAUCUUUCAGCGGAUUUGAUUCUUCAAGAGUGCAACAAAACUCUUCUUUGCCACAGUACCGAGGAGUGAGAAGCACCCCUCAUUUAACUCACUUAGAGCACGGUGGGCACAUUAGAAAUCAGAAUGGUUUAACUAUUGGUGCAAUUCACUUCUAUAAAAGUCCAGUUCUUUAUCAAGAAGAGGCAGCUCUUAAAAUUUUACAACCGAAGAUGCAGGAGAAGUUAACAUGUGACAACUCUUUUUCUAAAUGCACAAGUCCCUGCAGUUUGACUGUCAAGUCUGAUUUGGAAAAUGACAGGGCAAUAACAGUUUCAUUAACAAGGGGAUCAGACAUCAUUACCCAACAUCAUGAUACAGCUGCUAUUCCAAAUCAUGAGAUGCUGAGGAAAAAUGAGGAUGAGAACAAGUUAGUCCAUGACGAACUCAUCAGCAGCACUCAAGUAGCAAACCGUUCAAACAACUUUCUUAGUUUUGCUGUUAGAAGCAGUGAAAGUCAAAACUCAACCAUUUCUGCUUUUCUGUUAGAGGGAGAGUGUUCUAGUACCUGUAUGACAUCUAGUCCUGUUGAUUCUUCUGAUGAGGAUUCAGAGAAGGAGAAGCUGUCACUGCCAAGUGAUUCAUCUGAGUAUAUGACACAGGUUGAUUCUGUAAAUGAAGACGUUGAUGUGGUGAAGUACAAUUAUGGUGAUUUUACAUCAGAAGAUGGUAUUGUGCAUGAAAAUGUUUUUGCAAGCAUUGACAAUAACAAAGCUAUAGAUAACCAAGAUCAUCAUGCCAGGGUCCACAAAUUGGAAGCUGUCCGACAACAUUCAGUUUCUUCCAUUAUCAAUGGAGAUAGCUCCUUCCCUGCAGUUGUGUCUGGCGUAAAAUCCAUUGAUACCAGAACAGAGAAUGAAAUUUGUGCUACAGCUCAUUGUGAUGCACAAAAAGGUACAGCUCUUGCAUCCCAAAAACUUUCUUUGAUGGAUGAAAUUAGAAGAGGUGAAGUAAGGACUUCUUCUCCUGGUCACUUUGGUCAUGGGCAAAGUUUAUGGUCAGGAAAUCAAAUGAUUUGGCAGAGAAAGCCUACUGUUGAUGGACCACAGUUUAAAAAGCGCAGUGAGGAAGAACACCAAGUAAUUAGAUUGAAUGUUGGUAAAGAGCCAGACUACUGUGAGGAAGGUCCAGGGUUUCAGUGGGCCAGACCAGAAGAACAUUGUUAUUUAGAAGAAUUUGAAGAAUGUGAGUUGCCCCAAAUGCAUAUGCUGUCUGUUGCCAUGGAACCUGUUCUCCAUAAAAGCUGCCCUCCAAAUUGUCAGGAUAUGUUGGCUUGGUUACCACAUCAUGUGGCAUUGCACAUUCUGUCCUUUCUUGACUUAGUGAGUUUGUGUCGAAGUAGUCAAGUCAAUCACACAUGGAACAACUUGGCCAGUAACCCCCUACUAUGGAAAAGUCUCUGCGGGCGCCCUGACUGGCAGUUGUCAAGGAUUGGGGAGGAGAAAGAAAAAAAGAAAUACACUAUGGCUGAAGGGACAGUUCAGUGGAAGAAGAUGUUUGCAUCAAGGUAUCUUUUACAUCAGAAUUGGUUAAAAGGAAAGUGUAAUGUUCGCACAUUUGAGGGCCACACCCAAGGCAUCUCAUGUGUUCAAUUUGAUGACACAAGGAUUGCAAGUGGUUCCUAUGAUAAGACUAUAAGGGUCUGGGAUAUUCAUAGCGGUGAUUGUGAUGUAGUGCUGACUCUAGCCGGUCACUCAGGGACAGUUAGAUGUUUAAAUCUUAACGGAAACAGAUUGGUUAGUGGGUCUGUGGAUAGAUCCAUCAAGGUGUGGGAUCUGUCAUUCAAGUCAUACUGGAGUGGUGCUUCAUGCAAGGUGACUAUGGUUGGUCACAUGCACACAGUCCGUUGCCUUCAGGUUGAUGAUGAAAAGGUAGUGAGUGGGUCAUACGAUAAGACCCUUAAAGUCUGGGACAUUAGGACUGGAAAUUGCCAGCUAACUUUGAGAGGUCAUAAUGCUGCAGUGCUGUGUGUUCAGUUUGAUGACAGAAAAAUUGUUUCUGGAUCAUAUGACAAGACUAUUAAGGUGUGGAGCCUGACAGAGGGUUCAUGUCUUAUGACACUGACGGGCCAUCAUGAUGCUGUCACUUGUUUAAAUUUAACAUUUGACAGCAGGAAGGUUAUCAGUGGCUCAUUGGAUCACAAUCUUAAAUUUUGGGAUCUGCUGACUGGAAAGUGCAUUGGCACAUUGGAUUGGAUCAGAUCUGAGGGUCACACUGGUGUUAUAAGAUGUCUUCAGACAGACAGUUGGAGAAUAGUGAGUGCAGGGGAUGACAAAACACUGAAGAUGUGGAGCUUAGAAAGUGGACAGCGUUUGUUGACAUUGCGUUGUCACACAGAUGGUGUGACAUGCUUACAGUUCAAUGAUUAUAGCAUUGUCUCAGGUUCUUAUGACAAAACUGUGAAGUUGUGGGACUUCACUCCUUCACAUGAAUUUCUGACUCCUGGCUGAACAGAUAGUUUUUUUCAACAGAGGAUUCAGCUAGUCAAGGAUAUUUUGUUCACUAAAAUUUUGCAACUGACACUCAACCAUAGCUGAAAUUGUGUCUUGGGAAGUUGCCAUUUUGAAUGGUGUUACAACAGCAGUUUGCUGUUAGAGAGGAAGAUAAAAUUUCUGGUCACCUUCCCUUCAUCUUCCUUUGCCUUCAACCAUUGGAGUCUGAGAUAAAUUUACUACUAUGUGUGUCACUUCUCAAAACAUGCAAUGCAAUUUUCUAUGGACAAACCCUGAAUAAACAAUUUUUAGAAUAAAUCCUGUGAGAGGAAGAGUUACUAGAAUCAAUUUUUGAAUUAAAAAGACUAAUGGAAGUUUUUGUGAAAGCUUCAUGUUGGAGCAGAAAUAGUUGAAAAGUUUAUUUACCAUGGUUUAUAAUUGAUGAUAUAGAAAUAUUUAUUUUAGAACAAAAUCAAACCAAUAAAAUUAUCUCAGGGUCUUUGACAAAAAUUUCAAGUUGGGGGACUUCACUCCUUUGCAGAUACAUGUAUUCACAAGAGAACCCUCUCUUUACGUGAAGCAUUGUAUAAUUCACACUCUUUUCUUUGCUUUUUUCUCUUUGUAAUCAUCUAAGUAAGCAAAACUUAGAUGUUCACUUGUUACUUUAAGUUCUUUAUGUAGGGAAUACUCAACAGUAUGAAAGGGAAAAAGAUUUAAGUCCUAGUUUUUUGGGAACUUUUAAGAAUUAUAUUUAAGAACUAGAAAUUAAUUUUUUUGUUUUGAUUUUGUAUAUAUGUUGGUUCACACCUCAUAGCCAUUAGUUUGAUUCUUGACAUAUGAUCAGUAUUUUUUGAACAAAGGAGUACAUACAAUCAACAACUGGAAUCAAAGACUAUUAAUUUCUGCAUUUAAAAUGUGUCACAUUUAACUUCACCAAUAAGAUAUUUAUUUUAAACUAGGGUUAAAAGAAAUUUUAUGUUUGGAUUGUGUUCACCUUCAGGGAUGUUUUUCUACUUUUUUUUACAUUUAAGGUUUUGUUACACACAUUAAUCCUCCUGAGGGUUUAUGAUAUUUUUGUACCAAACACUUUGCUAAUGAACAGUUUGUUGCAUUGGAGUUGUGCUGUGCUGGUGUUAUUUAAUAUAGAAUGUAAAGUAAUAUUGGUGGUCAUUGAUCAUUAAAAAUUAUCAGAAGUUUAAUAAAGUACUUACAUCUCACUUGACCUGA